GCAAGACAGGAUGGAUAGACAGCACAUGCAGGGGUUCUCAGUUCGUCUUUUUGAUGGAACCUCGAAAAUGAGCACAUUGGCACAUCUAAAAUGUUUUGUUCGGACGAUCGCCCACAUUCUAAUCUUCCAAAUCGCCUAUCAUUUCCCCCGAGCUUCGCACGGGCCGUUUGUCUUUGCCCCUGUCAAGAAAGCCGCCAUUGACUUUCCCGUCACGAAUGCGGGCAAAGAGGCUGACCAUCUUUCUUUGACCACCAGCCAGCCGCCUGACCUGUCUUGUCUUGCCUGUCUCCUUUCAAGCCUCUUUGGGGUUGGUCAAUGGGGUGUUGACUAUUCUUACCUUCGACAACAGCCAUCUAUCUGGUCUAAUCCUCAUUCCCCCGACUGGACAGAUGUGUUGCUACUGGAGUGUCGGUCUUUCGUCUUUCGCCGCCGUAUCCCCAGCUUUGGCCUCGUCUUCGUGAGACCGAAAAUCAACCCCCGUCAACAUGAGGCUCCUCGGCGCCCUUCUCAUAGCCCCCGCGGCCGUAUCAGCGACCAUCUCUUUUGAGUUGAUGCGAUCGACGACGGACAGUCCUCACCCUCACCUUGGCAAGCGCAGCACCUUUGUGGAGAGUAUAGCAAACAACGUCACAGGCGGCGGCUACUACCUCGACGUCAAGAUCGGAACGCCGGGCCAAGAUGCUCGCAUGAUUUUGGAUACAGGCAGCAGUGACGCCUGGGUCGUGUCGACCAGGGCGGAUCUUUGCGGAAACGCGAGGUUGCAGCGGCAGUACGGGGAUAGCUGCGGUGCCACUUACAACGAGUCCAAGAGUUCUACAUACUCACUAAAAGAACGCAACGGUUUCCAGAUCCGGUACCUCGAUGGCUCUGCGGCCCGUGGCGACUACAUCAAGGAUGACUUCACCAUUGGCAAGACCACCAUCAAGGGGCUUCAGAUGGGCGUGGCGAGCACCACCGUUCGCGGUACAGGUAUCCUGGGCGUCGGGUUCAGCUCGCACGUCACCGCCAAGGAGAAAUACCCCAACAUCAUCGACGAGUUGGUGGCACAAAAGAUCAUACAAACCAAGGCCUACAGCCUUUGGCUGAACGACCGGCGGUCGCCUUCCGGGCGGAUCUUGUUUGGAGGUAUCGACACGGCCAAGUUCAUAGGGGCGCUCAAGGUGAUACCGCUGAUCCCGGACGUGACGACUAAGAACAUCACCAGCUUCACCGUCGCCUUGAGCGGCUUUGAUAUCGAGCUCAGCAACAAGACCAAGACCAAGAUCGACUUGCGCAGCGACAGCAACCCGGCGCUGCUGGACUCGGGCACGACGCUGACCUACCUCCCCGCCGCGAUGGCGGACAAGGUCUUUGCUAUGUUUGGCGCCGUCGAGGACAAGAACGUCACGGGUCUCGCCUACGUCAGCUGCGAGUACUUGCAGAAGGAAAAGGACAUGGUCAUGUCCUUCACCUUUGCCCGGGGCGGCGGCACCAUCAAGGUGCCCGGGUACGAGAUGAUACUCGACGUGGUGCGCAACCUCGACGGCUUCCAGACCCCUAAGGGCCUGCCCUUCAAGGACGUGUGUCUAUUCGGGAUCCAGUCGACGGGCCAGUUCGCGCAGCAGUACAACUCGCUCGAGGGCGCCGACUUUACGCUCCUGGGCGACACCUUCCUGCGCUCCGCCUACGUCGUCUACGACCUCGACCACAACCAGGUCGGCAUCGCGCAGGCCAACCUCAACGCCACCGAAAGCAAGAUUGUCAACCUGACGUCGUCCGACAACGGCCUGCCGCGUCUCACGGGUGUCGCGAGCCAGGUCGUCAACAUCGCCGUCCAGACCACCGUCACGGGCGCCGAUGGACUGCCGACCGUGACCACGACCGAGGUGCCAGCCGCGUCGGAGAGCAAGAAUGCCGCGGCAGGUCUUGUGGUGGGCCUCGGCAGGGAGGUUGCUUCUCUCGUUGGCGCGUGGACCCUCUUUGCUGUGUUCGGAGGCGUCUUUUUCGUCUUGUGAUUUUUUUGAAAGAAGAAAAUGGAACAAUGAAAAGAGAAAUGACGUCUAUGACUGUCUGCGCGCGCAUUGCUUCGGGGAAUAUGAGGCAGGGAAACAAUCACUCUGUUCGGUAUAUUAGGAUUUGCGCAUUCAUGGCCGGCUACCUGGUUAAUCUCCUUCCGGGACAUGAGCUGGGUCUUGAAACGUCUGGGAGGAGGAAACUGGGAAAACUGGACUGCAUCAUUUACACCAGCAUCAGCAUCACUGGGCACUUGUUCCCUCAAGUAUUACACGAGCGGUACGGGCCCAGUGCUUUCAUUGGGAGGAGCGUCGUGCGAACAUUUACACGCAAGCUAGAUAGACUCUAGAGCACAUGAUGUUAAUUGUAGUAAUAAUAUCAGGGAAAAUAACCAGA